GAGCUAGAGAGGAAGAGCGCAGGGUGCGCUCCAUCCACAGCCUCACUCCACCGGACUGUCAUCCUCCACCAGCUCUCCGCUCCGGUCCUGUUCCGUUUCACAUCGGCUGUUACAGCAUGGGUACGAUUUGAAGACGCAGCACGGAGCCGUCAGCACUUUCACUCGCCACCAGGAACAAAUUCUCUCCAAGCUCGUUCGGCUGAAGUCACAAAUAAUGAUGGAGUAUUGGAGGCAAUGCGCGCUGUGGUUGAUAAACUGCAAGGUGCUUCCAGCGAACCACCGGGUGACAUGGGAGUCUGCACAGGUAUUUGACUUGGCCCAAACCCUCCGGGAUGGAGUCCUGCUCUGCCAUUUGCUCAACAACCUGAGACCCCAGUCCAUCAACCUGAAGGAGAUCAACCUGCGACCGCAAAUGUCACAGUUCCUGUGCCUGAAGAAUAUCAGGACUUUCCUGGCGGCGUGCAGCGAGGAAUUUGGCAUGAAGAAAAGCGAGAUGUUCGAGGCCUUUGACCUCUUUGACGUCAGGGACUUUGGAAAGGUUAUGGACACACUAUCUAAACUUUCCCACACAGUGAUUGCACAGCAAACUGGAAUCAGGCCCUUCCCAUCUGAGGAGAGUGUUGAAGAUGAGGAUAUCUACAACCACCUGGAGGACCUGAUAGAUGAGAACGGGGUGGAGGAUGAGGAGGAUCUGUAUGACUGCGUGUACGACGACGAAGAUGGAGGAGAGAUCUAUGAGGACCUGAUGAAGACAGAAGCCAUCCCUCCUCCGGCGUUCCAGAAGCAAGCAGAGACUGACAUAAGGAGUUGCUGUUUAACAGAGAUCAAACAGACAGAGGAGAAAUACACUGAGACCCUGGAGUCUAUAGAGAAGCACUUUAUGACGCCCCUCACCAUGUUUCUGUCCAUGGCCGAGAUGGAAAAGGUGUUCGUGAAUAUUCCGGACCUGGUUAAAGUUCACAAAUGUUUACUGCUGGAAAUCCAAGACUCAGUCCAUCACAGAAGUGCCCAGAACCUUUACCAGAUCUUCAUCACCUUCAAAGAGAGGUUGUUGAUCUAUGGGAAAUACUGCAGCCAUGUGGAAACAGCCAUCGCCACUCUGGACGACAUUUGCAAAGACAGAGAGGACGUACGCAUGAAGCUAGAGGAAUGUUCAAAGAGAGCCAACUACGGCAAGUUCACACUGAGGGAUCUGCUGGUGGUUCCUAUGCAGCGGGUAUUAAAGUAUCACCUCCUGCUGCAGGAGCUGGUGAAACACACUCAUGAUUCCACUGACAAGAGUAAUCUGCGGAUGGCAUUGGACGCCAUGAAGGACUUGGCUCAGUACGUCAACGAAGUCAAGCGAGACAAUGAGACGCUGCGAGAAAUAGAUCAGUAUCAGAGAUCCAUUGAAAACCUGAAUCAGCGACUGAGUACCUACGGCAGACCCAAAGGUGAUGGGGAAGUACGAGUGGCCACAGUGGACAAACGGGCUAAACAGGACAGGCACAUCUUCCUGUUUGACGCCGCUGUGAUUGUUUGUAAGCGGCGAGGAGACAACUAUGAGAUGAAAGAAGUGAUUGACCUGCAUCUCUUCAAGAUCACCAACAACCCCACAUCAGACAAGGAGAACCGAAAGUGGUCCCACGGAUUCUACCUCACUCAUAACCAGGGCCAGAACGGCUUUGAAUUCUUCUUCAAGACCAAAGAGCUGAAAAAGAAGUGGCUGGAGCAGUUUGGCAUGGCCAUAUCCAACAUUCGUCCCGAGAACGCCACUAACAACUUCCAUGACUUUAAUAUGCACACCUUUGAAAGGAUCACCUCCUGCAACUCUUGCCACAUGCUGCUAAGGGGCAUCUUCAACCAGGGCUAUCUGUGCUCCAAGUGUGGUUUAGGUGCCCAUAAAGAAUGCCUGGGCCGCUUUGGCUGCUGUGGAAAAACAGAUCCCGGCUCCGUCAGAACUCAGGGCAAAGAUCGAGAUCCAGGUCUGCCCAAGAUGCUGGUAAUCAGGAACUACUUUGGCGUGCCGAGCCCCACGUCUGGUCCGGCGCUCAGCAUCCAGACGGGUGACAUCAUCGAAUUAAUCGGCGCCGACCUACACAGCCCCUGGUGGCAGGGCAAAAUCCUGACGACGAAGGAAGUUGGCUUCUUUCCAAGCGACGCUGUGAAGCCGUGCCCAUGUGUCCCGAAGCCUGUCGAUUACUCCUCUCAAGCCUGGUUUGCAGGGCCCAUGGAGAGGCUUCAGGCGGAGGCAGAACUCAUCAACAGGGUCAACAGCACCUACCUGGUCCGCCACCGCAGUAGAGAGUACACAGAGUACGCCAUCAGUAUAAAGUACAACAACGACGUGAAGCACAUAAAGAUCCUGACCAAGGAGGGCUGCUUCUACAUCGCAGAGAACAAGAAGUUCAGGAGCAUAUUAGAGCUGAUCGAGUACUACAAACACCACUCAUUGAGGGAAGGUUUUAGGAGUCUUGACACCACGCUGAAGUUUCCUUACCGGGAACCAGAGAACGCUGCUAUGCACCGCCUCAACCGGCCGGGUGGCAACACCCCAUUGCUCUGCGGCCUCUCUUUUGUAACUCCUGCCGGCUACAGCUUUGUACCUCCUUCCUCUGCUCCCUUCUGGUCAGUGUUUACUCCGAAAGUGAUCGGUGUGGCGAUAGCACGGUACGACUUCAGCUCCCGUGACACCCGGGAGCUCUCGCUGCAGGAGGGUGACGUGGUUAAGAUCUACACGAAAUCGGGAGCCAACGGCUGGUGGAGGGGCGAGGUCAAUGGCAGGGUCGGCUGGUUCCCAUCCACAUACGUAGAGGAGGGUGAGGAGUGAAAGGUCCAACAUGGGAAGAAGAGUAAGACAAAGGAAGAGUGGCAGCAGCGGACUGAACAAACUGUGAACACAACAGUAACAAAGAGUGAGCUUCUGCACUGCUGCUUGCCCCAACGUUACUUUCCAGAGCAAAGCAGGCGGCUUCACUCUCCUGCACGGAGCCCUGUCGCCUACGACCAUCCCAGAGGCCUUUGGGAGAGAGAAGGGCUACAGUAUGUUGCAGAUGCAAAGAUGCCCCAUAAUUUCUGGUUGACUCUGUGUGGCUAAGUGACUCCACCAACAAGCAGCUUGCCUGUCAGCGGGGCACAAGCCCUCGCCAGACGCCCCCUCCUCCCUCCCUAACUGCAUCCGUCCAUCCAUAAUUCACCCUGCACUCCCUUCCUCUCUGCCCCAGCCAGCCCCCCAGCUCCCACCUGUUCCUGCUUGCCAAGUCGGCCGUCGCCAGACUGUCAAAAGUAGAUACUCAAAUGCUACUCCUCCAUUCAUGCGCUCAUCCAUCCAAGCAUCCAUCCUUUCUGCCACCCCGUGGGAAUAGAGCCAUUUGAGCCGGGAAAGACCAACACUUAUUCUCUUCUUUUUCCUCUCUCAUCCCCUUCUUUCACUCUGAAGGGAUUUCAGUUAGUUUUGACCUUGCCCGUGUAUUUCUUCCCUUAAUGCAGGUGGUUAUUGAUGACUUGAUGACCCAGAUUCACACACACACACUCCACACACACACACACACACACACACACACACCACCCACCUCUCCUCCCUUUCAGAUUAUGAUCGCCUCACACACACGCUCUUACAGGAGAUGUAAGAGAGGGAUGGCGUCGGAUAGCAUCGCUGCGCGGUGCCAGCAAUUGAUCGCUGUUGUUCCUAUUUUCCUCCCAACUCCUACAUUCUUUAUCUCCGGCCCAGCCUCUCAUGUUUUUAGUUGUCUUGGCCGUUAGCGAUCCUCUGCUCUUAUCGGUGGCAGCUCUGUCGACAGGAGCCCAUUCACAGAGGGUUUAUCUUAUUGGAAGCAUUAGCGGCUUGUCGGGGAACGAGCCACUCUACCUAGGAGCCACCCAUCCCCUUAACAUAAAAAAGAGAUGAUGAAACAUGAACGCAGCCCAACUUUGUUCUUCUUUUUGUCUCUUUUUUCCUCUAAAAAAAUUUUCUGCGUUGUCAGGCAUGUCCUGUUUCAUCAUCAGAUGAUGGAUAUGAUGCAGUUUGAUUGAUUGCAUUCUUGCAAAAUUCAGCAACCCCGUCUAUUUGAGGUGAUCUACCUGGAUUUGUACCUUUGCAACAUUUCAAAUGCUUCCUUGGUGUUUGCGGAAACUGGGUCUGUUUUUUCCCCCACUGAAAAAUAUCAUUUCUGCAGGAACACUUGCAAUUUAGGGGAUUUAUUUUGGCGAGAAAAACAUCAAAUUUUAAAAAAGGUAUUUCUGUAUUAGCACUUCAGUCCAAAAGAAUUGGUAUCAGCUCUCGGAAACCUUUUCCCCUCACUGCUUAUAUCUCCCCGCUAACUGUCCUCCCCCCCCCCCGUAUACAUUAUGCACACUGUCUCCUUAAUCCACAGUGAAACAGGAUUUUCCCACAUUUGAGGGAAUAAAUACCUUUAUGGCAAAACAUGCUGCACAACACACUUGUAGUGUUAACACGCGCAAGUGUGAAGUCACAGACAGAGUAAGACGGCAGCGUACGCAGAAUCAGAAUGGCAAUCAGCUGGAGGAGAGACCUGAAAAUCUCCAGCAGCUGGCUUUGUGCGGUGAUGAUUUUAUCCGCAGCCAUGAUGUUGAAUCUGUGUUUGAAAUAUGUAUAUAUUGAUUUUUUUAAUUUAAGUCAUGGUUGGUGAUUUCUCUUCACAUUUGAGGCAGAAGGAAGUCAAACUCUUCAAACUGCUCCUUUAAUUUCUUCUUUCUUUAAAGCUGUUUUUAGCUAUACUUAUUAUAUUUCCCCUCGCUGCUCAAAUACUUUCACACACGCCUACGCAUGACAUUUAAAAAUCAUACAUCCUUUCCUGUUAAGGGAAACUAAUAAUGCAGUGUACAUUACAGAAAAUCUGUCACUAAAACACACAUCAGGGCAGCUGACAACUUAAGUGAAAACAUGCAUCAGACAUUAAAUAAAGUCUGAACUUUCAGAGCUAUUAGAGACGUGGAACCACUCGAUGACAUCAAGAUAGCCGUCAUGUGGCGAACCGGUGGACCCUGCCUCUGGUGACAGCCCUCAGGGCAUGGCUUCCAAUCACAGCUAUCAUCCUCAUUGUGUACAUGCCACCGGGUAUUGUGUCAGAAAUAUAUUUUGUGAAUCUAAGUAAGAAUUUAUUGUAAAGAUAUGCUUUUGUAUGCGCUUAAUGGAGCCAUUAUGUUUGGAAGCCCUUAAUAGCCCCCUGCCAGCCCUGCCACUCCACGUCAUUGUAAUGUGAAUGACAAAGUACUGUUUUUGUUCUCAAUCAUAUUGUUUAAUAUCAGACUGAAGAAAUGUGUCAAGAGAACGGGUCGUAUUAUUGCUUUUUUUAAACUGUGAUGUCUCCCUAGUUUUAUAUAUUUAAAAAAAUGAACAGUGUCGUUAAGUGACCACUAGAUGGAAGCAUCCUAAACACAUCUCUUCCUCUCUGAGCACUCACCUUCAACUUGCUUAAGUUUGGAGAUGACAUCAUCUGAUUAGGAGGUGAACAAUAUGAAAGGAUUGAGCAUGAGCCUCAGACUUGUUGCUGUGAGCGAGGAGGAGAGGACACACGCUUGAAAGGAGUCACUUGUGACUGAAAAUGCAGGAAGGCUAAAACAUGCAAAUCUGUAUAAUGACUGUUGUUAGGUUCCUUCACAGUCCAAGACUUCUACCAGAUUUCUUGACUUUCAAAUUUCCUGAUAUUCCAGGAACUUCAUGUCCAGUAGGAGCACAUUUCUCCUCUCCUCCUGCCUCCCUAAAAUGUCUGCAGUCUCUGAGCAGCCAAACAUUACAUUUAUAACAUCUUUAGGAAAUCUGAGGUGAGGCAGCGGCACAAAUGCGAUCCAGCACAAGCGCCUCUCCCAUCUUGGGAAAACUGGCGAGGCAGAGUACGCUUCUCUAAUCGCAGACUCCGGUAAUCCACUCCCGCACUCCUCCUCCGCCCAGAUGAACUCUGACAGCAGGGCCAUUUACAACUGCAGGCCUUCCUCCACUCCGAGUGCGCUUCCCAGAUUUUUUUUGUGUGCAGGAGGGACGGGAGGAAGGCUCAAGGGUAUCUGUGAUCUAAUCAUUACACCAUCUCCUCACCCCAGCGACCCCGCUGCAUCCAUCUCUCUGUCGGCUCCUCUCUCUCCCGCUCUAUCUCACCUUGUCACUUCCCUUCUCUCUCCCUCUUUCUCCAUCUAUCUUUCAUCCAAUCUCUGUCUUCUUGGUUUCUCUCUGUAUUCUGUCCCUCACCUCGAUGCUCUGUAGCUGUAACUGCUGCUGUACGUUAGAAUAGAAGAUUCAGUAUUAUCAGAAGAGAGAAGGAGGCGGCUGGAGUCUCUAUAAACAACAAAAUGGAGGACUAGUUUAAUUUCACCACAGAUUCAUAGACGGGGAGAAACGAUGCCAAUUAGAGGAUGAAUUAGAGUUCGCUCUCGCCGCCGUUAUCUCCUCGUAUAGUACAGUGUGUGCACAGAUUAUGUCCAUAUGCAGAGGCACACACCGUGUACGUGUGGAGAAACAUCUUGACAGGAUUUAGGGCUGGCCAAGUCUUAGCCCAGCAGGGGUUUCAGGAUACAAUCUCCUUAACCAACACGAGAGGACAGUUCUGCAGCACCCUGAACAGAAACAUAAUACCAGCCAUCACCCGUACAUGAAGAAAAUAUGUCAUAUGAUACUUCUUUCUCUCCAGGAGUGAAAAUCCAUCCCUAAUCCAUUGACAAACCCUCCACCCGUCUCUGUGUUAUAUUGCUAUCAGCGCUCACUCCUGACUGAAGUUUGCAUUCCCUGUGUUCUCGCUCCAUGUCCGUGUCCUGUUAUCCCUAUGAAGCCAAAGAUGUAUGCUGUACUUACUGUACACUCAGUGUUCUGUCUCAUAACCACGGUACCCAACCGCUGUGGCCUAACUCUAAAACCGUGCAAUCUCGACUGUGUAGCAUUACCGUGUAUUGUUGCUGUAUCAUACUGUAAAAUAUGUACAUAGCACAUAAUAAAGAUAUACAUUGCUUCUUCUAA